UGUGUCAGGGAGGUAUGGUAUGGGUUGGCAACUCUACCUUCUGUCAGCCAACAGACCGGGGAGGAAGCAGUCGAAGCAUGUUCUCGUCCCUCCUUGGAUAGACCAAACCGCCCUCCCUCUCUCCCACUCUCCCCACUCUCCGGCUAUCCCUUUCCAGCGUGGAUUAUUCAUACGCUACUUUCCUUGCGACUAGGAAGCGCGAGAGGCUGCGAGCCUUUUCAGGAAUUGAACCCCAGGAAGAGCGCGACAGUAUCGAACUAUAACUUUAAGCACCGUCGCGGUUUCCGUUCUAUCUUCAUAGGGAAAACUUUUCUCCCUGGUUUCGAGGGAUUCUGGCACUCUGGAGGUUUGGGUAACUCUGGAAGCGACAGAGUCGGGCCGGGUUGAAGGGCUGUGGCCAUGGCCGGUGGUGGGGUGUCGCCGUUGGGGCUCGCGCCGCCGAUGUGGUAUCACCGGGACUUGAGUCGCGCGGCAGCCGAGGAGCUGCUGGCCCGGGCGGGCAGAGAUGGAAGUUUCCUGGUGCGGGAUAGCGAAAGUGUCAGCGGGGCUUAUGCCUUAUGUGUUCUGUUUCAGAAGCAUGUCCACACAUACCGGAUCCUCCCAGAUGAAGAGGGCUUUCUAGCUGUCCAGACGUCCCAGGGUGUUCAGCCGAAGCGGUUCAAGACCCUGCCAGAGUUGGUGCUGCUGUACCUCCAGCCCAGCCAAGGUCUGGUCUCCACUCUGCUCUACCCUGUGGACAGAGAAGAGAGUGCACUCAGCGAUGACCGGGACUAUUCAGAUGGGGAGGAUGAGAAGCCCCCCCUCCCACCCCGCUCUGCUUCCACUUCCACCCCCACUGGACCAGAAACACCCACUGAGAGCCCUCCGGCGGCUAACGGUCUUAGCACCAUUUCCCAUGAGUACCUGAAGGGCAGCUAUGCUCUUGACCUGGAAGCAGUCAAGCAGGGGGCCUGCGCCCUGCCCCACCUCAACAAGACCCUGGUCUCUUCCUGCAAGCGCCUCAACGGGGAGGUUGAUAAGGUUUUGUCUGGCCUGGAGAUCCUUUCCAAGGUCUUCGAUCAGCAAAGUGCCUUCAUGGUCUCCAAGAUGAUCCAACAGUCUGUGAAUCAGGGUGGAGACCAGGAGCUCGAGAACCUUGUGACCAAACUGGCCAUCCUUAAAGACCUGCUGUCGUCCAUAGAGAAGAAGGCUCUCAAAGCACUCCAGGAAAUGAGUUUGACGUCUCCUUGCUCUCUGCCUCCUCUCUCCACACGCCAAAGCAAAGCCAUCCCUGUACAGGCCUUUGAGGUGAAGCUGGAUGGCUGUUUGGCAGAGCUGGCCAAGAUAGGGAAGAGCCAGAAACACACUCUGUCCGUCGACGUGGAGGGAGGGAGACUGGUGGUGAUGAAGAAGGUGAAGGACAGCCAGGAGGACUGGACCCCCUUCACCCACGACAAGAUCCGUCAGCUGAUCAAGUCACAGCGGGUCCAGAAUAAGCUGGGCAUUGUGUUUGAGAAGGAAAAGGACAAGACCCAGAGGAAAGACUUCAUCUUCGCCAGUGCCAAGAAGCGCGAGGCCUUUUGCCAAUUGCUGCAAUUGAUGAAAAAUAAACAUUCCAACCAAGACGAGCCAGAUAUGAUUUCAAUCUUCAUUGGCACCUGGAACAUGGGCUCGGUUCCUGCGCCCACCAUGAGCUCGUGGGUGUUGUGUCGCGGCCUGGGCAAGACCCUGGACGAGAUGACGGUCACCAUCCCCCACGACCUGUACGUGUUCGGGACCCAGGAGAACUCCAUGUGCGACCGCGAGUGGGUGGAGUCCAUCCGCGCCGGCCUGAAGGACCAGACGGACCUGGAGUACAAGCCGAUCGCCGUGCAGACGCUGUGGAACAUCAAGAUCGCCGUGCUGGUGAAACCCGAGCACGAGAACCGCAUCAGCCACGUGGGCGUGUCCAGCGUCAAGACGGGCAUCGCCAACACCCUGGGUAACAAAGGGGCUGUAGGGGUGUCCUUCAUGUUCAACGGAACAUCUUUUGGGUUUGUCAACUGCCACCUGACCUCAGGGAAUGAGAAGAUUGCCAGGAGGAACCAGAACUACCUGGACAUCCUGCGGCUGCUGUCGCUGGGCGACAAACAGUUAAGCUCCUUCGACAUCUCACUGCGCUUCACACACCUCUUCUGGCUGGGAGACCUCAACUACCGGCUGGACAUGGACAUCCAGGAGAUCCUGAACUACAUCAACAGGAAGGAGUUUGACCCCCUGCUGAAGGUGGACCAGCUCAACCUGGAGAGGGAGAAGAACAAGGUGUUCCUCCGCUUCGGUCAGGAAGAGGAGUUCCUACCGCCAACCUACCGCUACGAACGGGGCGCCAGGGACACCUACGUCUGGCAGACGCAUGAAGCCACGGGGUGGAUGAGGACCAACGUCCCGUCGUGGUGUGACCGGAUCCUGUGGAAGUCCUACCCUGAGACACAUAUCGUCUGCAACUCCUACGGCUGUACGGAUGACAUCGUGACCAGUGACCACUCCCCAGUGUUCGCGACCUUCGAGGUGGGGGUGACGUCUCAGUUUGUCUCCAAGAAAGGUCUGCCCAAGACUUCGGAGCAGGCCUACAUAGAGUUUGAGAGCAUCGAGGCCAUCGUGAAGACGGCCAGCAGAACCAAGUUCUUCAUUGAGUUUUACUCCACUUGCCUGGAAGAGUUCAAGAAGAGCUAUGAGAACGACACCCAGAGCAGUGACAACGUCAACUUCCUCCGCGUGGGCUGGUCCAAUAAGCAGCUCACCACCCUGAAGCCCCUCCUCUCUGAGAUCGAGUACCUGCAGGACCAGCACCUGCUGCUCACCGUCAAGUCCCUGGACGGCUACGAGUCCUAUGGAGAAUGUGUGUUGGCCCUGAAGUCGAUGAUCGGCAGCACGCCGCAGCAGUUCCACACGUACCUGUCCCACCGCGGCGAGGAGACGGGCAACAUCCGCGGCUCCAUGAGGGUCCGCGUGCCCUCCGAGAGGAUGGGCACCCGGGAGCGGCUCUACGAGUGGAUCAGUGUGGAUAAAGACGACGCCGGUGGUCCCAAAGGCAAAUCCACCCUGCUGCCCCGAUCCGGACACGAAUACGUCAAGCCGUCGCAGGGCCGCAAGCCCCUAGGAACAGAGCUGGGGAGGGUCAGCGAGGAGGGGGAGAGGAACACCAAGGAGGAGACCGCUACCAGGUCCAAGCAGCCAGAGUCUCCCGACGACCCGUCGUCGUGUAAGAACAGCUACAACAACCCCGCCUACUACAUCCUGGAGGGCGUCCCCAACCAAUCAGCCGCCGUGGCCAUGCUGCCGGAGCUCCUCCCGUCCACUUCCCUCGCCAGCGCCCCGGCGGCCAAACCCACCGCCCCCUCGGCGCUGCCUCGCGCCAAGCCCGCCUCCGGCCCCUCCCCCGGGCCCCCUGGCCCCCGCAGCAGGCCCCCAGUGGGCCUCUCCGUCCGCACCAUCAGCGAGGAGCCCUGCCCGGAGGAGGAGGGCGUGGUCCCGGGCCCGACCGCCGCCCCAGUGGGGAGCUCUCUGAACCGCCCGCCCCCGGACUUCCCCCCUCCCCCGCUGCCCAAAGGCGCCCUGGAGAUGGCCGUGGAGGGCCCCUUCGCCAAGCCCCGCCCCCAAUUCCCCGACCUGGCCGAGGUACGCAUCGCCCCCGUCGCCUCGGCGCCGUUCGCCCUGGGGGAGGGCUACCCGAGAGGAGGGGGGGGAGGGGGAGGAGCUCUGGACGACCAGUCCUGCUCGGUGCUGCAGAUGGCCAAAACCAUGAGCGAGAGCGAGUUCUCUGGACAGCCCCCCCGGGCCCCCUCGGCCCCGCCCCUCAUGCGGGGGCCAGUUCUGGGGCUGGGGCUGGACGUGUGCCGCACCUUCCCCCCGAGACACCCCAUCCCAGAGAGCAUCGCCGAGGACACGCCUGAGGAGGCUCUUUGGGGCAGCAGCAGCUCAUCACUGUCAGUGGGAGAGUCCUCCGUCGGGGAGUGGCUCCAGAGGCUGGGCCUGGAGCGCUAUGAGAAGGGCCUUCUGCACAACGGCUGGGACGACCUGGAAUUCCUCAGUGACAUCACCGAGGAGGACCUGGAGGAGGCCGGGGUCCUAGAUCCCGCCCACAAGCACAUCCUGCUGGAGAGCCUGAGGCAGCAGAACCAAUGAGAUUAAGCCUCCUCCAACGGGGGACCCUUGUCCAUCCGGUAACGGCUAGGGCUCGAGCUGGGGCAACACGCCAGCUCCCAGAACCAGAGUGAACCGGACUGAGCUGGACUGGGUGUCAAUGUGGGCCAGGCAAUUGCACUUCGUUUCUUUUUUGUUCAGUGGACACGUGUUGAACCGAUACCUUGUCCCCAUCCCCCAAGCUGUCAUAACCAGCCCCUGUCAGACAGGUGGCGGGGCUACCAAUGACACGGGUUUUGGACCAUUCACACAUGGCGAGAGGCUGCCGACUUGAAUCUCACUACAUCUUACCCGAACCCCGACCCUCUCACUCUUUACCGCCAAGCCUGACCUGCUGGAGUCGAUACCCCGUGUGCUGAGGCUUAUCCUGAGAAACGUAGCCUACCUCCGAGGAUAACCCGGUCGAAUGUUGAAGACCUUCAACCUGAGCGCAGCCAUGAGUGAAGGGUUUGUCAUCUGGAGAAAAAAACGGAACAUCGUGCAACCCUGAGUCUGAAACCUCAGCCAACACCCCCUCCCCUCUCCUUCACCCCCACCCCCACUGAAGACCCUGAGUUUGUGACGUUGAGGACUCUGAAUCCUCCAGGCCUGGCCUCUGGAUGACUGAUGAGCUGAGGGUGACCAGAGGCCAGGCCUGGCCCCCAGCCUAAGACUGGUCGUGGUCCGGGCCAGGCCUGAGGAGGGGCCUCCUCCCACACAGAUAGAGCUACUGUAAACGAUACCUUUUGAUCCCGUUAUUCAGAUAGUGGAAAUUUAUGUCUGUUUUCUCUUUUUUUAUUAUUGAUUCAGUGUCUCUGCAUGUAUUUAUGGCCCAAAGUAUUUUUUGUUCUGUUUUGUUUCCGUUUUUCCAAGAUAAAGGGAUUAUUAUUGAGCAAACAAACCAAACCAUCACUGUGAGAGAAUUGUAGAAGCUGUUUUAUGUGCUAACGGAUCUUCUUAAGGUCAAACACAUUUCUUUUCACACAAUGAUAAGUUCCUCAGAAAACAAAUAAUUGUAUUUUGGCCAGAGAGGAAUGAUUAAUCGUCUUUAUGAUUUAAAGAUCAGUAUAAUCUUGAAUCUACUUAUUAUUAUUAUACUUGCUGUUGAGUUCCAUGAUGUGGAGUUUUAGGCUUUUUAAGUCACCCUUUAACAGACUUUGAAUUUAAGUAACUUGAAUUUCAGAAUUGAUUUACACAAGUAAAGGUUGGGUAUGGGAUUUGCGAAACGCCAGCAAAUUUUGAAAAUACACAACUCAAAAAUAUUCCUACCCACUCUCCUUCAACGCUGACUGACUCCACCCAUUGCAAGUACAUGGACGCGCAAUCAUGCACGAGCGCGAACACAGAUGCGCGAGAGAGAGCUAUUAUUAGGUAGUUAGCUAGCUCCAGUAGCUACCGCAGGAUAACAAAUAACAACAGACAGAAGCUUGCUCUGGGUCACGAGCUUUGAGUUCGUGCACGAAGGGGUCAUGCGCGGUUGGAGGGGGAGUGCAGUACGACCGUUUGAUUGACGUACUUUACUGUCCAAUGCCACUCGGUGGGUCUGGAAAUCAUUGGCUGGAGUUUUUCGAGCCUUGCCCAUUCCACAGAUGAUUGACUUGUUUAAUUUCCAUGUCAGUCUUCUAACUCAUCGGCUGUAAGUGGGUUAUGAUAAGGAUUUCAAGUAAUUUUGCAAAAAUUGCCAAAAAAAGAGAAUUCCAUGCCCAACCUAAAUGUUCUUGCAGUUGUUGGAUUUGACCAACAGGUGGCGCCGCUAUUCCAGAAACCUUCUCAAUAGAGGUCAAAGUGGAACUGGAGGGAAAUUAACGCAACCAAAACAAGAUAACGAAAAGGAUUUGUACUUAAUAAUUUACUGUUCGAUUUUCUUUGUUUCACAUGAAUAUGCGUUGCUAGUUAAGUCUUUCUUCAAGACGAAAUAUCCUGCCAUUAUUGCAAUGAAAACAGAAGACUGAAUCAUGCUUUGUGUUUUCGAGGGACAUAAUCCAUAACUACCUAGGUUGUUUCAUCACAAUUCUGUGAUACUUUGGGUAAAAUACACAUAGUGUCCACAAUUCUUACCUUCCUUCUGUUAUUUUUAAACCACACACACAACCUAUUACAUUCAUCAAUCUAACCUUACUUAGGAUAACUUUG